ACAUUAUUAUAAGGUACACCUUAACAUUUGCCCAAGCUUCCUCUCUUUCAUUUCCUUGAAAAUGAUAGAAUAAUCUGUGUUGAGCCACCACUUAAAUCCCCUUCUCCUAGUUGAAGACUCUUCUCUUCACGUUCUGAAACAGAAAAAUGGUUGCCCAUAUUUUGUUCUUACUCUAUCAACACCACCCCAUCAUCACCAUCUUCCUUGUCCUAAUCCUUGCAUCAACAUCUUAUGGUGAGGAUGAUAAUAAAGAUUACAGAGACUGCAAAAAGCAUUUUAAUUGUGGAGUCUUAUCAAACCUUUCUUAUCCUUUCUGGGGAGGUGAUCGACCUGAAGUUUGUGGACAUAAAGGGUUCCAGCUCAAGUGUGAAGAAGGCCAGCUCCCUAUAAUACCAAGUGACAAACUAGAAUUCCGCCUAUCUCGUUUAAAUCAAUCUUCCAGGUUGAUGACUCUGCAGCUAGUGAAUUCCAAAGAUUACAUUUGUCCUACUCAAAAUUUAGCCAAUUCAAGUACUGAGAGUGACAUCCAUGUCUUCGGUUAUGACCUCAACCUUCAAAACCUGAACUUACUUUACAACUGCACGGUCUGGAGCCCGACGCUGGUGCAAAAUAGAAUUUCGAGUUCGUAUUCGAAUUGUAGUGAAUAUAGUGGCAGAUCAUUCUAUGGAAGUGAUGAUAUCUUGGAGAGCAGUAGUGGGCUAGACCAAACGCAAUGUAGCAUAAGGUUCAAAAUCCCCAUUCCAGCUGAGUCUUUUCGUCGACUAACGGGUGACAAACCAGAAUUGGAGCAAGUUUUAAGAGAAGAGUUUAAAGUGUCGUACAAGUAUGAUCAAGGUCCUUCAAUUUGCGAUGGAUGCAUGGCUUCGAAAGGAAUAUGUGGAACCAACUUGACUGAUCCCAAUAGAGAGUUCUUGUGCCUUUGCCGUGACCACCCUUAUCCUUUUGUGUGCAAAGGAAAUAAAGAUGUCAUGAAUGUGGGUCGGAAGGUUCGUAUGGCUCUUGGGGCAUCUCUUGGUACGGUAAUCAUAAUGUCCAUAGCCUUCUUCUUCUGGUACCGCCACAAGAAAAGGCAAUAUGUAUCCUUUGUCUCUCGAAGCAUUAAAUCAGUUCCAUCUUCCAAGGCAUAUAUGGAGAAGCGAGGUAGCUACAAUGGCGUCCAUCUCUUCUCUUAUGAUGAACUUGAAGAGGCUACUAACAAUUUUGAUGAGACUAGAGAGCUUGGAGAUGGAGGCUUUGGGACAGUAUAUUACGGCAAACUUCCAGAUGGCCGCGAGGUUGCAGUCAAGCGCUUGUAUGAGAACAAUUACAAGAGACUUGAGCAGUUUUUGAAUGAAGUUGACAUCCUAACUCGCCUGCGCCAUAAAAAUCUUGUUCUGCUAUAUGGAUGCACCUCUCGGCAUAGCCGUGAACUCCUACUAGUAUACGAGUACAUUCCCAAUGGUACACUUGCUGAUCAUCUUCAUGGUCAAAGAGCAAAGCCUGGUGCAUUGACUUGUCCUACUCGGAUGAACAUUGCUGUAGAGACCGCAAGUGCAUUGGCAUAUCUUCAUGCUUCUGAUAUUGUGCACCGUGAUGUGAAAACCACCAAUAUUCUCCUUGGUAACGAUUUCUGCGUAAAAGUUGCAGAUUUUGGGCUGUCUCGACUAUUUCCAUUAGACGUCACCCAUGUUUCAACUGCUCCACAAGGGACUCCUGGUUAUGUUGAUCCAGACUAUCAUCAAUGCUACCAGCUGACUGAUAAGAGUGAUGUCUAUAGCUUCGGGGUGGUCUUGAUUGAGCUUAUAUCAUCAAUGCCUGCCGUUGAUAUCUCUAGACACCGGCACGAGAUUAAUUUGUCUAACAUGGCAAUCAAUAAAAUCCAAAGCAAUGCAUUAAAUGAACUUGUUGACCCAAGUCUUGGGUUUGAAUCAGAUUAUGCAGCAAGAAAAAUGAUUUCUGCGGUGGCUGAGUUGGCUUUUCAAUGUCUACAAUCUGCAAGGGAGUUGAGACCUUCUAUGGAAAAAGUCGUAGAGAUUCUGAAAGAUAUACAAAAUAGAGACUACACUGCGGAAAAGGCAGAGGAGAUAGAUAUUCCUUCAGAUGAUGUUGUGCUGUUGAAGAGUGGCCCGAUACCACUUGUACACGCUGUCACUGUGACCUGGAUUAGCACUACUUCGACCCCUUGUGCGCUAGUGCUUACCUGACUUUUUCCUUGUUUCACUAUAUUUUCAAGUACAUAUAUAGCGAAGAAGCAGCAUCCUGUGUGCAAUGAAGUGACUGAUAUUGCCAGUCUCUAUUUAUUUGCCAUGGCUUGGCAGUGUAUUUUGACCAGAUGUACAUACAUUGUUGGAGCAGCAGUGGAAGUUGAAAUUUUGCU